AUGAUCGAAAAAGACAUGGCAUUGAAGAAUGGACUCGGCGCACUUCAUCUAGAGUCGGAUCUAAGCAAAGGCAUUAUAGCAUGGAAUAGCCAAAACGACACACACAAUCCCAGGAACUUCUCCCCCGCAAAGAAGUGGACCACGAUGGUCUUACUCAGUGGCAUGAUAACACUCAGCUUCCUUACUUCUACUAUUGUCUCGCCGGCAGCAUCUCGCAUCACAUCUGAGUUCCACGUUGAGUCCCCAAUUCUUUCCUCUCUGAUAACAACUAUAUAUGUACUCGCCUACAUGUUUGGCCCCCUUAUUUUAUCUCCUCUCAGCGAGCUAUACGGCCGUCGUCUAAUACUUAACUCCGCCAACGCUAUCUUCACCCUGUCCCAUAUCGGCUGUGCUCUAGCGCCAAACGCUGGAACAUUCCUUGCAUUCCGCAUAAUAUCUGGCCUUGGAGGAUCAGUAAGCCUGUCCGUUGGGGGAGGAAUAGUUCCGGACCUUUUCGAUGUGCAUGAGCGCGGUGUGCCUAAUGCAUUAGUCACGACGGGGUCAUUGUUUGGACCUGUAUUAGGGCCCCUUUUUGGAGGACUAAUCACACAAGGAGCCGGUUGGAGAUGGAUCUUCUGGGUCCUUCUCAUCGCUUGCGCAGUUGUCUCAAUUGCCAUGGCAGCUUUCGCACCAGAAACUAAUGCAUUGGUGAUAAUCCGCCACAAGACAUUAAACCUACGAAAGGAAACCGGCAGACAAGACCUUCAGAGCGCUUACGACUCUGAAAAGAGCUCCGCCAGUCUCAACAAUCCUUGGCUCCUGCUGGCUCGUGCAAUUUCCCGCCCUUGGAAAAUGCUCUUCCGUUCCCCUCUCUUAGUAAUACUCUGUAUUAUGGUAGGCCUCAUCUCAGGUCUGCUCUAUACCCUCCUUACCACUACCUCUACAUUCUUUCAAGAAUUUUAUGGGUGGUCUCUAGAGACCGCCGGCCUUGCGUAUAUGGGCCUCGGCCUUGGCAGCCUGAUCGGUCUGAUUGUGUUUGCGAAAACUUCCGACCUCCUCACUCCCGAGAUGCGCAUAGUGACGGCGUUCCUACCAGCGUUGUUUAUACCGGUGAGCUUUUUCUGGUACGGCUGGUCUACACAAGCCCAGACCCAUUGGAUUGUUCCUUUGAUCGGUCUAGUACCCUUUGGCUUCGCCCAGGUGGGAAUCAAUGCGACCGCCCAGGCUUAUUUGAUGGAUGCGUCUGGGCCCUUCGCGGCAUCUUCAGUUGCCUGCGUCACAUCUGUGCGGUGUCUUUUUGGUGCGUUCCUGCCACUGGCUGGGCCUAGUCUUUAUGAUCAUCUCGGCUUGGGAUGGGGGAACUCAUUGUUAGGUUUCAUUAGCCUGGUAAUGCCUGUCACGACGAUAUCUAUUUAUCGGUUUGGUCAGAAACUCAGGGAAAGGUAUCCUUUACAUACUGAAUAA